UGGCAAUACAGAUCACAUGACCCCUCUCAUCCAGACUGCAUGCAGGUUGGCAUUAAAAUGUUUUCCGAUCCACCAACCUUUGUUUCGUUUCGGUUUUGAGAUGACACGUUUACAGUGAGUCGCUUUUACGCGUAGAUAGAGUGGGAUAAUAAACUGUAAAAGAAGAGCUGGAGGAGAGCAUCAGAGCAGCUGUUGUUUUGAGGUCUAUCACAAAGUGCAGAGCUAACUGUCAGCAGCUAGGUUAGGUUAGCAGUCACCAGGUCCAGGGAGGCCCCAAGCCCACUCAGCACGGGGAAUCAUGGCCAACAUCGCAGUCCAGAGGAUAAAACGUGAAUUCAAAGAGGUCCUCAAAAGCGAAGAGACGAGCAAAAACCAGAUUAAAGUUGACCUGGUUGAUGAAAACUUUACAGAACUAAAAGGAGAGAUAGCAGGGCCCCCAGACACACCUUAUGAAGGAGGGCGAUUUCAACUAGAAAUUAAAAUUCCAGAAACGUAUCCUUUUAAUCCACCAAAGGUGCGGUUUAUCACAAAGAUUUGGCAUCCCAACAUCAGUUCAGUCACCGGUGCAAUAUGUCUUGACAUCCUAAAAGAUCAGUGGGCAGCAGCAAUGACAUUAAGGACAGUCCUCCUGUCGCUACAAGCCUUAAUGGCUGCUGCAGAACCAGAUGAUCCUCAAGAUGCCGUGGUAGCCAACCAGUAUAAGCAGAACCCAGAGAUGUUUAAACAAACAGCAAGGCUUUGGUCUCACGUCUACGCUGGUGCCCCCGUCUCUAGUCCAGAGUAUACAUGCAAAAUAGACAAACUGUGUGCCAUGGGCUUUGAAAAAAAUGCAGUGAUAGUGGCAUUGUCAUCAAAGUCCUGGGAUGUGGAGACAGCAACAGAGCUACUGCUGAACAACUGAGUUUGGAUCUGCUCCUCAAUACUCCUAUUUCUCCUGAUCUCAUUACACUCGCCCAGAGCCUGCGCCAAACCCACUGUCCAAAAGGUCCUAUAUUAUGCAUUAUAGGCUUUUAAAUCUUUGUACAGCCUAGCUUCGGUACUGCAUGUAGUUUAACUUGAUGUAUAUGUAUGGGAAACAAGUCAAAUAACAUCCCUUCUCAAAUGUCUAUACAAAACACCAGUAGAGGGUGCAAGGACUCAAUCUCUUUGUGCACAAUAGAGUAAUGGAAUUGAAAACAAGUUCAGAACAAUGGCUGUUAGUGCUAAAAUUGUUUUAGCUGUAUAGAUAAUAGAUAAAGCAAUUUUAGCUGCUGAACUGAGAUCCAAAUGUGUCUGUUUGAAAGGGAAGAGCAUAGAGCACGUAGACCAGUGGAGGCAAGAUAAAGAGUGGUAAGGUAUGCUUUGAAUGAACAAAUACAAUUUCAAGGGAACAUAACAAUAUUAAAAGCUCAUGAUAGUCGGUUUAGCGUAAUCUAGGACCUUCAAGACGUAUGUCCACCUCUCAUCCUUCUGUGUGUAGCAUUUCCCUUUGUCCCUUCUCUGCCCCUUCUCUGCUCUUCUCCUCUCCUCUGCUCCUCUCCUUUCCUAUGCUCUUAUCUGCUCCGGUCUUCUAGCCCUCGCUCUCCUCUACCCCUCUCCACUGCCCCCCUCUGCUAUACUGCUGUAUCAGUCAGUGUUGCUCCAUGAACCAAUAUUACCGGUUUCUUGAGGUUCAUAAAACAUUCCACUGAGCGCUACAAUCACAAGUCAAGACACAUCUGAUCUCUUUAUAAACAAAUGCCUGAUCUGAACCCCUGCCACUCCCCUGUCAGUCAGUGGCUGAUUCUUGCCUAUGCAGUGCAUUCUAUGUGAAAACCUUUUGUUUGAGAGUCAGAUCAUUUUGGGAGACUCUUUCCACCAAAUCAAGAUUUUGGCACAAUGUUGGCCUGUUUUUUCAAAUGUGGACAAACGAAAGGUUGAGAGAAUUUCAAGAAUUUAAAAAGUAACAUUUUUUCAUUUUAAUCCAAAGGAUGUAUUGUCAUGUUGGGUUCUCAUUAUGGUAUACUACAGUCUUGCUCUGAUAUUGUAGUAUUUAAUUUAAUAGUUCCAACCAUAUGACUUUAAAUUCAAAAUCCCCUUAUUCUUUACAUUCAGGAAUCAACAUUACUAAAAAUCCUAUUUGUAAAUCAGGCUGAUUAGUGUCACGGAGGUGUGACACAGUAGCCAUAAUCACCCCUUUCCACACCAUGGUUUCUCCACUGUCUUUGCACACUCCUCCAGCAAAACGCCAUUGUACAUUAUUUUCUUUUUGCCCUGUUCAAAGUGAUUUUAAACAUUUUUUAUUUUAUUUUGACUGCCUACGGGAAUAAAUUUGGAUUCUUGUUUUUAUUCUGAUAAAACAUAGAAAAAGGCUCAACAGUAACAAACUGUCAAACAGACAAAGUGAGAUUCAUCUGUAAAUAAAGAUAUUAAGUCUGUGUAAA